UGUGCAUGUGAGCUAAGCUCAAUUGUGAGAGCUAGCAAGUUUGUACAGAUCCUGCACGAAGACAAAGACGCCAACAACGACGUAGAGGAAGACAAAAAGUAAAUAUGUUUGUUUUGGAAACAUUUCGAAAGUUUCGAAACUGAAAAACAAAAGAUACAACUAGGACAAACUAGGAUCAGUUGCAGGUAGAAGCAGCUGUGCCCGCGCAAAUGACUGGGCGUGAAUAUUAGUUCGAAUAAAAAUCACAAAGUAGGAUUCACCGACCCAGCCAGCAGCCGGUCAGUCAUCAGUCAGCAAAAGAGCGGCAGGGGGCCACUCGAUAAAGCGGUAAAUACGCGAUAAUAUAAAAUCAAUCUUUUUGCCAUAAGCUUAUUUUGUACCCGUUCGCCGACAACUAAGCCAUUCGCUAGUGGACUUGUUGGCGCCUAUUAUCUCUGGCGUAUUUGAUGCUGUUUUGAGGGACCAACUCGGUCAGGGUUUGGGUACGAUCCUGGCUGACGUCAGAAGCAUUGUACGACGGACUAUAGGGUGGAAAUUUAACAGGAAAUGGAUUGCAGUGCGUUGGUAUAAACGUGUGUGUAUGUAUGUGGCUGCUACUCAACGUAUCAUUGCACGAGGCCGAGGGUGGUAUAGGACGGGCUGUGCAGUGGAUAACGGCUCGUUAUAGCUCGCUCUGUGAGCUUAAACCAUAAGCUAAGACGAUGGAAAAGGUGGCGGCCGGCUUUGCCAGUCACGCAACGCGCACGUACUUGCUGACAGCUUGUCUGACCUGGUUCCUAAUCUGGCCAAUCUCACAAGAGCCAAAAGACAAUGCGCGCGUCUUUCCUUAUAUUUCUAGUAUAUAUAUUCAUACCCUCAUACAGAGGAUAGCCGUAAAAUAAACGUUAUAAGAACGUGAAAUGAGAGAAAGAAAAAAGUUAGAGAAAACAAUCGUACAACAAAGUUCACUUGCCAAAGUAUUCCUCGCAUCCAUCAUUCUCAUUCAUUCUCGAAGACGGGAAGAAAAUCCAAAGUAGCGGGACUAACUGCAAGCUACAGAAACGGAUAUCCGUACUAUAAUGGAACAGAAGCAUACCAUCUCAAAUUAAGUUGAAUUUAUUCCGUGGGAUUUUCUCGAAGAUUUGACGUCCAACAGCUAACGUCUCAGCCGCGUCGGAAACAAAUGCAGCAUAAACGAAUUACGUAACGACACAACCAUUGCAAUCACAGACCUGUACGCAUCGACACACUGUUACCGUUUACCUCCGUAUUUGUUGAUUGGAUUGUAGUCCUCAAACAGCCACAAUUCUGUGAAGAAAACUUAAUUGAAAUAAUGGUGAAUGUAAAAAAUAUCACAGAAGCAUACGUUUACUAAUUGGCGUUUGAAACAUGUUCCUCUGCAACGUUAUCGGAUAACUGUUACAGUGGUCAGCUGAGAUACAGCUGACUAGUUAAUAGUUAGUUUCAUUAAUUUGAUCAAUAAUAAUAAUAAUGUGACGACAUUAAAUGACGUAUCGACAAACGUGAAGAAGCGUUUCUGCGCUACCUGCAUUGCUAAAAUAAAAGCGUAAGCCGGUCGUUGUGGGAUGUCAAUAUGGAUGAAUCGCUGACAACUGUCGCGUCUGCAGCAUCGAUUUCGGGCUUGGACAAGACGGCGGAAUUAAGGAGGCUCUUUGAGCAUUACAGUAAGCUCCAGGGGUAUGACUAUGACGAAGUGUUACGUAUCAUGAAUGAAACCGGGUUCAAUUUCACCGACCCAGAAGAUGAUAUUUACAUUUUUUACAAGACGGAAACCUUGAUCUUUUUAUCAGUCCUGUUUACUCUGAUAGUAGUGGGAAACUGCGCAGUACUCGCUACUUUGCUCGCUUCAAAAAAUCGGAAAUCCCGGAUGAACUUUUUUAUCAUGCAUCUCGCCAUCGCAGAUCUAUUGGUCGGCCUUGUGAAUGUGCUAACAGAUAUCCUAUGGAAGAUCACUGUGGAAUGGCAUGCGGGUAAUGCCAUGUGCAAAAUCGUCAAAUACGCCCAGGUAGUGGUUACAUACAGCUCAACGUAUGUCUUAGUGGCGCUUAGCAUUGAUCGUUACGAUGCCAUAACCCACCCUAUGAAUUUCUCAGGUGGUUGGAAGCGCGCCCGCUGGCUAGUAACAACGGCCUGGUUUCUAAGCUUUCUUCUUUCAACGCCAGCUUUAUUCAUCAACCAUGAAGCAGUAGUCAAAGAGCGUAAACAAUGCUGGAUAGAUUUAUCGGCGGAUCAUUGGAAGCUGUAUAUGACGCUCGUAGCGGUUUCAUUAUUCUUCAUCCCAACAAUCAUCAUUGCGGCAUGCUAUUCCAUCAUUGUGUAUACUAUCUGGACGAAGUCCAAGGUGCUCUCAUAUCCUAAGAGUAGCCUCACCAGCAGCAAGGUCUCAAAGUCCAGUCUUUCCGUUGGUGGUGUCUCAACAAAGAGUCAAAAAAGCUGCCACUCUUCAGGUGGUACGAACAGCGAUACGGAAAGUAAACGUGCAUCUUCCCGAGGAAUCAUUCCGAAAGCGAAGAUUAAAACAAUCAAAAUGACUCUAAUUAUCGUAUUUGUAUUCGUGCUGUGCUGGAGUCCGUACAUGAUCUACGACCUGCUACAGGUCUAUGGCUAUGCGGUGAUCGAGGACCGGAAAACAGCGACGGCAGUGGCAACAUUCAUGCAGUCGUUGGCACCACUUAACUCGCUCGCCAAUCCAAUGAUCUACUGCCUUUUCUCUACACACGUCUGCAGGAAUAUCAGGAAUCAUCGUUGGUUCGAUUGGCUCGCAGGCAAGCUGUGUACGUGCUUCCUUUGCAGCAGCUCAGCGGAAACGAGAAGAGACGCCAACAACACAACGAGCACGAUAACGUCUAGUCAUCGCCGACUCACUACGUCCAACUAUGCGUCCCUAUCUACCUCACUCAGGCAAUCUGGUCGUAGUGGUCAUAACAUUCGGGUGAACGGCGGCGGUUGUUCUGUCCCAGCGACUGCAGUGGGAACAACUGGCGCAGGUGAUUCUCAGCUACCCGCAACAAAUCGUAAGGGGAGUAUGCGACAACUCAACUCGCUCGUCUAGCACGCGGCUUCCAUUGCCCUCGGGGGCUUCGGGGGUCCCAUCGCUAACGGUCAGCUCCCCCCACUGAAGGAAGUUACCUCCGAGCUGGAGCUGUCAAGCGAAGCGUCCGAAAGCGUCUCAGAUCACCAUCGAGUGUCGAUGCCUGCACCUGCAAAGCAGGUUCUGGCAGCUCGUACCGAAGACAGCUACAAAGCAGGCGAUGGUCCGGAUUUUUCGUCAGAACCUCUCGCUUCUGCAGCUACCGAUACAGGUGACCAGCUACCUAAGGAGUAUGAGACCUAUUUUUAGCUGUCUGAUUUAAACCAUGGACAAAACCACGUACCUCGUGCAUACGACGUUAGUUGAUUGCUUAGUUUGUUCAUACAUGUUCGUAAAGUAGACAGAAUAAGAGAAAUUGGGGUAUAAAUGGUGAGUGAGCAAACUGCACGUACACACAUAGGCACAAAUAUACAUGACGAGCAAUUUCGUCGUAACCAGCAUACAUGAAACUUUCCUCUGCACAAAUCAUAAGGAUAAUAGGCCCUCUUUAAGGACUAAAGGAGUUAAGGCCUGCAAACAGCAAAGUUGGUUUUAGUAGUAGUUAGCCUGAAGACAAGCGGGCGCACUUGGCACAACAGGAGCAUCGUGAGUCACAAAAAUAUAAUAAAUUAUAAUGAAAAGCUACUAUAUUUAGAUAAAUAUUUACGUAAUCGUGUGCAGGUAAAUGUUGUAUAAUAAAAACACGUAUAAAAAUAAUGUUUUACAAUAUGACAAAACCUUUGUUUGCGUCUGAUAGCUGGUGAACUGAGGGAAGGUUGAAAUGGAUAUAGGAUAGACUAGCGGCAAAGCUACUCUACAAAAACAAAGAAAAGGUAGACAAAACACAUAAAAUCGAUUUUCUUUGAAGAAUAUUCAUGUUGUUAUUACAAAGUCGUAUACCACAGAAACAUGUGACGAUGCGGUGAUUACUAUAUUACGAUGACCAUUAUAAUGGAACGGCGACCGAGGAUUUCGACUCCGUUCGGUGGUCACGAGUCGCUUUAGAGGACUGCAGUGGUUGAGGUGCAAAUAAACUGAAUUAGGCGAAAGUCAGGGUUGCUUGUAAAGAUGGGCAGAUGUCUGCUGUCAGAUACGGUAGUGGAUUGCUUAAGUAUUUACCAGUCUAUACGAAAGCGUGUGCAUGGAAAAAAAAUUGGCUUCUUUCGUGUGUAUGACUGUGCAAGUGUAUGGGGAUGUAUACAACAGGCUAUAACGGAUCAGGGUUUUUCUAUUAGGCCCGGUUAAUGACUAUAGGCACAUUCUAGCGUAGUCAGUUCCUGCUGUCUUUCGACUUCGGGGAUGCGGAAAGAUAUGGGUGGGAGACAGGUCGGAGCUGGUUUAUGGUCAACUUUCAGGGGACAGUCACCCAUGCUGCUUAUUUAUGUUAUGGUUAGAUGUCGCAUAGUACAUAUUGCUACACGUAUUUCAUAAAUGUUCUCGUGUUAAAAAUUUGCACGAAUCGUGAAUGUAAAACGUAACUGAACGUCGACUUGUUCUGCCUGCAUCUCUGAGAUGAUAUGUCGAACUCCACAUGUAUACAGAGAUUAAGAGCAUGAUAAACAAUUGAAACGGCGCUGUACAUCCCAUGCUUAUUCUAUUAUGUAAACAUGAAAAAAUACAGGUUCACGUACAAAUAUUGUGUUAUUUAUUAUAGUAAUAUAAUAAGACCUUCCUGAAAUGACUUGUUCAGGAUUUGUGUUUUCCACUAUGAAAAAGCGUAAAGUUUUAUUUAAAAAUGUAAACCAAAUUCACACAGCAAAAUGUAAAUAAAUAGCGUAUUUAUUUUUUAUAAAACUGAAGCAAGCUUUCCGAGAAUGUUUAUUUAACCAGUGAGCGCCCAUCGAAGCUAUUCAAAAUUGCAUUCAACUUUCUGUUCGGUUUCCAUCGACUGGAACUCGACGACCCGAUGAUCUUCGGAUCUAGAAGCAAAUUAAAUAACUAACAAUUGACGAAAUUAAAGUAUCGAUCAUAUUUGGUUUAGUUUGAAUGAGGUAGUGGUGUGGGCGCAAAGAAUCGUGCGCUAAUCCUUGAUGGCCUAGAAUGUUUUUAAAAAUAAGCUGAAUUUUCUUUUUUCCGACCAGCUGAGGGAUUAAUUUUAGAGAAAAAUUACGUAGAACAUAAUGUCGAACAGAACUUUUACUCGUUAUAUAUGCGUUUUAUGUUAUAAACA